AUGGAUUCUCCGGAUACUUUAAAUUCUUUAUUGUCAAAAUUUAACAAAGUUGUGAAGGACAAAUCUCAAACACCCUCUUUAAAUAUUCAACGAGUAAUAAAAGACGGCUAUGAACCCAUAAAGUUAGAAGGGAAUGACAAAGUUUUCUCACCCAAAAUAAGUAACAAGGACAAUAGUGACACAAAGAAAACUCAACAAAAGAACAAUAUUAACUCAAGUUUUAUAGAACAUGAACUUCCUUCUAAAGAUUUCAUUUUAGAAGAUUUGUCACAACAAUCGUUUACCCAACCUCCGUCACUCUUUCCUACGCAUACUGCUGGUCGCAAAUUAUCUACGAUCGUUGGAAAAACUGAAUUAGUUUCUAAUACAAUACAAAGUUCAGAAUUGGAUACUAAAAUAUUAAGACCCUCACCAGCUUUGAGCAGUAGCUCAUCGUCUGAUGGGUUGGAAGUUAGUGAUUUGUCAGUAUCGUUGGAGGAAAAGUUUGACAAAGUUAAUUGUGUGACAAUAAAAAAUCGUCGUGUAUAUAAUAAUAAUAUAGACACUUUACCUAAAAUAUUAAAAGAUCAAGAUAUUUCAGAAAAUCAAGUUGAAACUUUCCUUGUUGGUGAAGAAGGCGAGCAAAUAACUUCGGAUAUUUCAAAUAUAUCAUCUAAUAAUAAUCUUAUUCCUAUUAAUACAACACAUAUUCUCUCUAGUAACCUUAAUUCUUCCGAUUAUCCUACUUCUUCAAUACUGAAUUCCACAUCAUCAUCUUCUACUUUCUCGGAUUCAAUUUCCAUUCAUUCUGAUAAAUCGAUACUUGGUGAUAUAAUUUAUAACUCUAUUCCUUCUUCACCUCCAUCUAUAACACAAAAUAUAUCAUCAACUCCUUUAAAAAAUACAAAAACUGGAUUACAUAGGGAAGAUAGAUAUCCAAGUCCUCGUACUUAUUUUUCUCGUAAAAGUGGUCCAAUGGGUGAUUUAAGUGGUGGCUUACCAUCUAAUGGAAGGCCAAGAUUUUAUUCAAAUUCAAAUGAACGAUGGCCUACUCCUUCAAUAGAUUCUACAAAAGAACGGGGAAGAAUGGGUGUGGAAGGUUGGCCUGCCUCUCAUCAACGUCGUAUGCAAUUAGGAAGUCCACGUCUUAAAUCUUUAUCUGAUUUAGUAGAAGAAAGUUCUGAACAACAGGAAUCAUCAUCAUGUCGAGAUAAUCCUUUACCUUCCUCAAAUUUGUCUUCCCAAAAUGUUUUCGAAUCUUCUUGUGUACAGAUUCCUAUAAAACAAAAUGUAAACUCAAUGAAUGAGAUUUUGGAAGAGGAAGAGGAGGAGGAGGAGGAAGAAGAGAAAAUAGAAAAAACACAGAAAGAAUCACAAGAGUUGGAACUAAAAGCAAAAAAACAGGCAGAAAUAUUAGAAUCAAAAAAUGAUGAAAAGGAUAUAUUAUCAAAACCAGUGAAAUUUUUUAAUCGAACAAGUAAUUCUCGUUAUAUGGAACUAAUAUCAAAUAAUGAUGAAUCACAAUCAUUUGGAAAACGUCAAUCAAUAUUAUCUUCUAGUAAAAGAACAUUUAAUAAUCCAAAAACUAGUUUAUUACAAGAUAUGCAAUCUAUAUCUGAAGAGGAAAAAGAUGAUGAUGUAAUAGAUAAACAAGAUAAAACAAAAGGUCGUAAUGAAAAACGAUUAUCAUCUGGAUCAUUUUCAUCAAAAUUAGGUGAAAUAUGUGAGGAAGAAGAAGAAUUAGAAGAACAAAAAGAACAAAUAAAUCCACUGCCUGAUAUCUCAAAAAAUGGACCAACUCGAAAAAAUCGGACAUUAAAUAUUGAUUGUUUCCCUUCAAAAGAAAAAUCUAUAGAAGAAUCAAAAUCAGAACCUUUAAAAAGAUCUUCUGGUGGAAGAAUUAGUCGCCUUUUAUCAAUACAGUCUAGAAGAACUUUACCACAUUUGAAUAUUAGAACUCCAUUAUCAAUAUCAAUUUCAGAAACAGAAGAUGAAGAGGAAGAAACAGAAAUGUCUUCUGAUAAUACAAGUGGUCGAUAUAUACUUCCUUCAGAUCAAUCUGAUGUAUCACCUUCACCUUCUUCUAUUUCAAUAACACCUAUAUCAUCAGUGCCAAUGACUCCUAUAACACCUAAAUCAAAUUCAUGGCGAUGGCCAAAAAGACCUUUUAGUCCUGCAAGAGAAAAACACAAAGAAGAACAAGUUAAAUCGGAUGAUAAUCCAUCAGAUCAUAUAGGUAAAGUAGGCAAUAUAUGGGCUAAAAAGACAUUAGGACAAUUAAGAAAAUAUCAUCAACGUCAAAGCCCUAGUAUAUUAAGUAGAGGUCUUAGUUUACCCAGUCCUUUAAAAGAACCUGUUAGUCCAUUACAAUCCCCUGUAAGUGAUAUCUCAGAUUCUAAAAAAUCUCCUGCUGUAUCAAUUCCAGAACAACCUUUAGAGACUAUUAACGAAGAGGAGGAUGAAGAAAUUGGUAUUUGGUCAAGUGAAGAAGUUGAUUUAACAGAUUCUGAAAAGAAACCUCCUACUCCAACAUCAAUAAAUAGUAUAUUAAAUUCUCCUAUCUUAGAGGAACCUCAGGGUAUGAAAGUUUCCCCAGAACAUUUAACGGUAGCUGGUGGACCUUCCGUAAUUAGGGACAGUCCAAAUGCAUCAACUACUUCACUUACAUUACGAAGUAAUCCCAGUAGUUCUUCUUUGGCUAAACAUAAUGCUAAACCAUUAUUUGAAACUACAUUUACUAUCUCAAAUAUUACUGACAAACCACUUAAAUAUGAGAUACUUUGGCCAGCAUUUCGAUUUGAUAUUACACCAGCUUAUGGCACUAUUAAACCUCAGAGUGUAACUGUUGUUAAGAUAUCGGUAAUGCAUAAACAUCUUACUGUAGGUUCAAAACGAGAAGAUUCUAAAAAAUUAAUUGGUAUGCUUAAAGGUUCAGAAAAGAAUGGAGAUAAACCACUUAUGAGUAGAACAAGAAUAUUGGUACUUUGUGAGAAUGGUGAACGUAAAGAAGUUGUUAUUGAUAUUGUACCAGUUAAAAAGGAAACGAAAGGUGAAAUAGAAUCCAUUAGAUCAUCUUCAAAGAAUGCUAGGGAUGAGAAUGGAAAUUUCAUCAGUAGGUCUGGUAAGAGUUUUAGUAGAACUGUGGAUGAUCUUAUUAAAGCAGCUAGAGCAAGAGCUAAAGCUAAAAAACAGACAAGACCAGAAGAUAAACCUAGAUCAACAAAAACUUCUAAAGGUAAAUCAACAGCUGUUACCACAACUAGUUCAACUGGUAAAAAUUUAAGUGCUCCUGUCCCUAGAAGAAGUUCUUCAAGUAAACCACCUAGUCGUUCAAGUAGUCCAGAAGGUAGUAAUAGAAAUCGUGUUGUUAGAAAGAAAGCAUCAUCAUCAUCAUUACGUAGUCGACCUAAUACACCUGAUAUUGCUCGUUCUCGAACGCCUGAUGAAUCUAAAUCCAUUAAACAACUCCCUCAACGUAAAAAUUUCCUUUAUGUCGGAGUUCCAGGACAUAUUAAUUGUUCUCCUACCACUAUUCGAGAAACAAAUCAUAGCGUAUUCCGUAUUCAGAAUCCGACAAACAAACCUGUAACGUGGCAUCUUACAACUGCGACGAAUCCUUUCCUUCGUCGUUCAGAAUCUAGUAAUAAUUCUGCUCAAAAGAUAAACGAUGAAGUCUUCUUGAUCAUGAAGACAAGUGGAUUUCUUCGACCUGGUCAAACUGAAAAGGUAGUGGUAAGUUUUCGUCCGGUGAUCGUUGGGACAUAUCAUCAAAAUUUUAUGUUGGAGGAUUCUAUGAAUGCGGAAGGUGCUGGUGGAUUAGGGGGUGUUAGCGUUCGCAUACAAGGUGAAGGAAAAGUUGAUGCAUCGACUUCCGUAAGACCUGAUAUAAAACGAAGUACUAGUUCUAGGGCGAAAGACUUUGAAGUUUCUGAAACUGAAGUUAAUAUUCCAGCGACUAGAGUAGGGAAAAGAAGAUCGGUGGGAAUAAAAAUACGUAACCCUUCUAGUCAAUUAAUAAGAAUAAAAUGCAAGAUAGAGUUAAACAACUGUACCAACGAAUCAUCUGCGGCCUUGUCAAUACCCUUAUCUAGUGUCCAAAUUAAACCACAUGCAUUUGUGCUACUUCCAGUACGAUUUCAACCCAAGGAAAUAGGUGAAAUCCGAGGUAUCGUAAAAUUACAGGCUGUUGGUAGGACAGAGAUCGAAAUAGAUAUUGUGGCAGAAGGAGUAUCAGAAACAGUAUCAGAAUUAUAA